AUAAUUCUUGUUUAUCAAAAUGAAAAGACAAGACAAAAGUAAGGCACCUGAUUUCGGUGCGACUGACAGUAAAUUACGUAUAGCUAUAGUCUCCACUGACAAGUGCAAACCUAAAAAAUGUAGACAAGAAUGCCGACGCAAUUGCCCAGUCACCAAAACUGGAAAGCAGUGUAUCAUGGUUGAACCAACGAGUAAAAUCGCAUAUAUUUCCGAAACAUUAUGUAUCGGUUGUGGUAUUUGUGUAAAGAAAUGCCCAUUUGAGGCUAUUAAUAUAAUUAACCUACCCAGAGAUCUAGGAAAGGAUACAACGCAUCGUUUCGGACCAAACACAUUUAAGCUACAUAGGCUUCCAGUUCCCAGACCCGGACAGAUUCUUGGACUCGUCGGUACGAAUGGUAUUGGGAAGUCCACUGCGUUGAAAGUCUUAUCUGGUAAAUUAAAACCUAACUUAGGGAAAUAUGAAGCGCCCCCCGAUUGGUCAGAGAUUUUACAAUACUUUAGAGGCUCGGAGCUGCAAGGAUAUUUCACAAGAAUGUUGGAAGAUAAUUUAACCACUGCUGUUAAACCCCAAUAUGUAGAUAAUAUUCCAAAACAGGUCUCUGGAACAGUUGGUGAAAUACUCGAUGCGAAGGAUAAAAAAGGAAUGAAGGAUGAUCUAAUAAUAACAUUGGAACUGGCCCAUUUGUUAUCAAGGAAAGUCUCUGAUUUAUCUGGUGGAGAAUUACAGCGUUUUGCCAUUUGUGUUGCCAUUCUUUGCGAUUCAGAUGUGUUAAUGUUUGACGAACCCAGUAGUUACCUUGACAUUAGACAAAGGAUUAUAGCAGCUAGAGUAAUAAGACAAGCUGUUCAGCAUGAGCGUUAUAUUAUAGUGGUAGAGCAUGACCUUUCUGUCUUAGAUUACCUUUCUGACUAUAUUUGCUGUCUUUGGGGAAAGCCUUCCAUCUAUGGUGUCGUUACCUCACCUUUUAGUGUUAGGGAAGGAAUAAAUAUUUUUCUAGAUGGUUUUAUACCUACCGAAAAUUUAAGGUUCAGAGAGGAAUCCUUGUGUUUCAAAGUUGCGGCUGAUGUAGAAAUGGAAGAAAUAGAGAGGUUGCAUUGCUAUAAAUAUCCAAAACUCGAAAAGAAAAUGGGCACAUUUUCACUUACAGUUAUGCCUGGGGAUUUUAAUGAUUCGGAAAUUUUAGUUCUUCUAGGUGAAAAUGGUACGGGAAAAACUACAUUCAUAAAAAUGCUCGCUGGAAUCUUACAAUCAGAUAAUGUCGAAGCAGAAGCCAUAAUUCCAAGACUUUCUGUUAGCUAUAAACCCCAAACAAUUACAGCCAAAUUUGACGGUACUGUCAAACAGCUAUUCCUAAUGAAGAUAAGAGAGGCAUUUGCGAGUCCUAUAUUUCAAACGGACGUUGUAAAACCCAUGCAAGUUGAGCAUCUUAUGGAUCAACAACUAAAGAAUCUAUCUGGAGGAGAAUUGCAACGUGUAGCACUAAUUUUGGUCUUAGGAAAGCCUGCAGAUAUUUAUCUUAUAGAUGAACCGUCUGCAUAUUUAGAUUCAGAACAACGUAUCAUCGCUAGCAGAGUUAUAAAAAGAUUUACAUUUUACAAUAAAAAGACAACAUUCGUUGUAGAGCAUGAUUUCAUUAUGGCAACAUAUCUUGCUAACAGGGUAAUAGUAUUCGAAGGGAAGCCCGGAAUAGAAACAACCGCGUUGACUCCAGAACCUCUUUCUAUUGGAUUCAAUAGGUUUUUGAAGUCCCUCGAUGUAACCUUUAGAAGGGAUCCAGUAAAUUAUAGACCACGUAUCAAUAAGUUAGAUUCUGUGAAAGACAAGGAACAAAAAGCAUCUGGUUUAUAUUUUACGCUUGAUGCUUGA